AAAAUACAAUUUCAAUCAGUUUAUACAAUAUCCAAGUUUAAGGAAGUGCAAGAUGAGUUCGUAGGGAAGGUGUAUUGCGAUGUCGUUGCAGCUUCAGAUGGAUAUUUUGGGACAAAGUACGAGAUUCGGGAAUCUGUUGUAUAUCCUGAGGGCAGGAGGAAGAAAUCAUAUUUCGUGACAUUUCGAAUGGACACAAGUGAAGUUCUUUGCAGUUGCCAUUUGUUUGAGUUUCGAGGAAUUAUUUGUAGGCAUGCGAUCACAGUAUUAGAUCGUAAUGACAUCACGACAAUGCCGGAUAGGUAUAUAAUCAGGAGAUGGAGGAAAGACGUAAGUAGAGCACACACAAGAGUCGCGGUGAACUACGACGGGUUAGCUAGUACUCCAGAACAGAUUUGAUAUGAUGAUUUGUGUCAGACAUUUUCAGAGUUGGCGGACCUUGCUGCAAAUGAUGAAGGGCAGGCUCGUGUGGUAAAGGAUUGGAUAAAAUGUCAAACCGCAGAACUAAGGUCUUUAAAUUCGAGUAAUGGUAGUAAUGUUCUUUCCCAACCAAGUAUGCAUUUACAAGGCCAAUGUAAUAAUUCAGAAAGUCCUGGCGGCGUGAAUGUAUUAGAUCCUAAAACAUCGAAUAGAAAGGGCGCGCCAAGGAAACUUAGGAGGAAAAGUGCGUUGGAGUCCACUUCAAAGAAGGCUAAGGGUACUUCAAAUAAAUCCAAAGGAAAGAGACUACCACCCAGCCGUACCGAUAUGGAAGAGGCUACAUCGGUCCUUCAGUUAUCUGGACGAAUUGAAGAUUCUCAGCCUACCCAAUUUUCAUAUUCACAGUUGUUGGGUGACGUACAAAGUCAAGUGUGUGCCCAACAGUUAUCUUCAUCUACCUUUACCCCUCCGUUGAUACCGUAUCAUACUUUAGGUACUUCAGGUCCAUGUGUUGAUCAGGUAAAGCUGAACGGUACGGAUCGUUUCCCAAGAGCUUCCCACAUUGCAGACGACAUGGCCCGUAAUCGACCCUUUACGGCAAAUAAUGACAACGACGAAAUCUGAUAUGGGAAUUGAAUUGGGGGCGGAACUCGGUUUUAUGUCAUUUCUGUGUUUUGAGGGGAAUUUUUCUGUCUUUAUGUAUAACUAUUGUUCAUUUCCUGUGCAUCUUGGUAGACUUUGUGGACUGUGCUUUUGCUUGGCAGUGUUAAUUGUAGUGUUUAUGACUUUAUGACUUUCCUGUGAUAUGGAUUUUACUGUCAGAUGGAUGUUGCUGUGAUAUGUAUUUUGCUUAUCAAGAUUCAUUUACAGCUCCAGAAAAUGAAUUUUGCCACAAAAUGGAUGUUGCUGUGAUAUGUAUUUUGCUUAUCAAGAUUUAUUUACAGGUCCAGAAAAUGUAUUUUGCCACAAAAUGUAUGUUGUAGUCAUUAGUGAUUGCUUGCUUAAUUCAAGAACAGCUCCAGGUAGUCGAUUGCUUGCUUAAUUCAUUAGUGAUUGCUUGCUUACUGAUUGCAGUUUACUGAUAAAUGGAGAGGCAGUUUACUGAUUUGCUUGUACUUCUAUAUAUUAAAACUGAUGCAAAUAGCUGGCAGCAGUUAGUAACUGCUAGAAUCUUCAAGUUAGUUAGAGUUAGUUUGGACAGCUGAAAUUAGUUAGUGUAUAGUUGGAGUCAGUUAACUGUGUGCUUAUAAGUAGCUGGAUGUAUCCAAUUUCUUUGAUCAAUAUACACGUUCAUUUUCCCUCAAUACUAUAUAAACUCCAACUUCAUAACACUUUCGUAGCAAUCUUUGCAAUUCAAUUUCCAUGGUACAGAAAAGUCUAAUUUAGGGACAAGUUGUAGUUAUAGUUAUAUAGAAAAAUGCAGUACACAAAUGUUGGGGUAAAAUAUAAUUCCUUCAACAUGGUUUACAUAAGUUUCCCCAUA